GAUAAAAGCAUCAGCUAAAUGACCUGUAAUGUAAUGUAAUGACAUGAAGUAGGUGGGACUGAUAGGCCUUUUCUCUACAUGAAGAGGUAUAAACAGCAGAUAUCAGAGCAGACUGACAUAUUUACUCCCCUAAAUAUCAUCUUACAAAUAUUUAUCUGUCUGUUGUAUAAAUGUUUUUAGGAACUCCAAUUUAAAUGUAUUUAUUCCUCCAUUGAGGUAAACUUGUUAUUAUUGUUGCUCUUGUCUUUGUUUGAUUAUUUUUAAUUUGAGAAAUAUGUCUUCUAUUUCCUACUGGUUUGAAAAAUGAGAAGCGGACGUUGUUACAAUUGUUUGUUAUCUUAGUAGAACGAUGGCAAAUUCAACUUUAAAUUAUUUCAUUCUUGGAACUUACAUCCAGGUAGGGACUUUGAGAUAUUUGUAUUUCAUGUUUACUUUAAUGUUAUACAUUGUUAUAGUUAUCCUCAACAUUUGUGUCAUUGUGGUUAUCUGCAUGAACAGAAGCUUACAUGAACCCAUGUACCUUUUCCUCUGCAGCCUGUUUGUAAAUGAGCUGUUUGGUAGUACAGGCUUGUUUCCAUUCCUUCUGGUUCAGAUCCUCUCGGACAUUCACACGGUUUCUGCUCCGCUUUGCUUCCUGCAGAUUUUCUGUUUGUACUCUUAUGCAAAUAUAGAGUUUUCUAACUUGGCCGUCAUGUCCUAUGACAGAUAUCUUGCCAUUUGUUGUCCUUUACAAUAUAACACAUAUAUGACAUUUAACAAGGUAGUUACCUUUAUCGCAGUAAUAUGGUUUUAUUCUUUUGUGAAGUUCUUAAUUACUUUAUCUUUGAACAUUCGUUUGAAUUUUUGUGGAAACAUCAUUAACAGUCUGAUUUGCACUAACUACCUUGUUGUUAAGUUGGCGUGUUCUGACACUCAAGUGAAUAACAUAUAUGGACUUUUUGGUGUUGUUCUCUCUAUUUUAGUCCCUCUGGUUCCAAUCCUUUUCUCCUACAUGAGGAUCCUGAAGGUUUGUUUCUCUGGUUCUAAACAGACCAGACAGAAAGCCGUCAGUACCUGCUCACCUCACCUCGCUUCUCUGCUCAACUUCUCCUUUGGCUGCUGCUUUGAAAUCAUUCAGAGUAGGUUUGAUAUGAGCGGUGUACCCGGAGUGCUGCGUAUCAUCCUCUCACUGUAUUUUCUCAUCAUACAGCCUCUUUUGAAUCCCAUCAUGUUUGGAUUGCAAAUGUCAAAGAUACGGAAUAAAUGUAAACAUGUUCUAUGUCAUCAAAGGUUGACUUGUUGCAGAGAUCUCACAGGUUGAAACUAGAUCCAUUAUUAUAGGCGUUAAAAUGUUUUUUUUUUAUUUUAGGAAAAGGUUUAGAAACGUUCUUGUCAAAAUAUAUAUCAAUCACUGAAGAAUAUGAAAUGUGGUACAUUGAAAUAAAAACCUAACCUUUUAAUACAA